AACUUAGUAGCUAUUCUUCCUUUGCUGAGAACGGUUCUUUAAAGUGUUAAAUAAAUUUGUGCUUAUUAAUUUAAAGAGACCGGCUUUAAAAUGAUUUUACGUUUAAUAUGUAUUGUUUCGGUUAUAUUUUUAUAUUCUGUAUUACAUACAAAAGCAGAUGGUAUGAUUGAGGUUUUCAAAUGGAAACAAAUGGAUUAUUACAACCGUGGAAACAAUCCCAUGACAACAGGUCCAACUAUAACUAGCCCACCAUCGGGUAAGACACCAAAAUCAGGAAUUAUAUAUUUUCCUGGCCAAUAUCAUGGAGCAAGAAGUAGGCGUCAAGUAAACAACAAUGCUUCGUAUAUACCUUAUAAUAAUGUACCGAUGGGAGCUACACAUUUCAAAGGACGUUUAUUUGUUACAAUGCCAAGGAGAAGAGUUGGUAUACCAUCAACCUUGAAUUAUAUUGAUUUGAAUAAAGAUGGUGCACAAGAAAGUCCAAAAUUAAUAGCAUAUCCCGAUUUUGAAACAAAUCAGUUAACGUCCAAUAGUGAUCAUUUAGUUUCCGUAUAUCGCACAAGUGUUGAUAGUUGUGGUCGUUUAUGGUUUAUUGAUACAGGAAUGUUGGAAUAUCCCAAUAACUUUAUGCAAAUUCAAAGACCCACAAUUUGGAUAAUUGAUUUACGUACAGAUAAAGUUAUAAGGCGUUUUGAAAUACCAGCAUCUGUGGCAGCCGAAGGUAGAGGUUUAGCCAGCAUUACUCCCGAUACAGAUAAAGGAUGCGAUAAAACCUUUGCUUAUAUACCAGACUUGGUUAGCAAUCAACUUUAUGUGUAUAGUUACGAGUUAAAUAAAAUGUGGUCAUUUGAGCAUAAUUAUUUCAAUUUUGAUCCUAUUGCUGGUGAUUUGAAUAUUGGUGGACAGUCUUUCAGCUGGAAUGAUGGUAUUUUUUCAGUCAGCUUGGGACCAAAAGAACGAGAUAAUUCACGCAAUAUUUUAUUCCAUGCCAUGGCAAGUAAUAAUGAGUUCGUAGUUAACAAUGCUGUGCUGCAAAACGAAAGAAAUGCUCAACGUGGCAGUCAUGGUCAAGAUUUUCGUCUUUUGGGUAAUCGCGGUGAUAACAAACAGUCGACUAUGCACGAAUAUGAUCCUCGUACUGGAGUGGUAUUUUAUGCUGAAAUUCAACGUAAUGGAGUUGGUUGCUGGAAUACACGUAAGCCAUUUAACGCAGCUAAUCAUGGUCAAGUGGCACAAAAUGAACAAACCAUGAUAUAUCCAAGUGAUUUGACGAUUGAUGAAGAUGGUACCAUGUGGGUGAUGACUAAUUCUAUGCCUAUUUUUAUUUAUUCUACUUUAGACACAAACAAGUUUAAUUUCCGCGUUUGGAAACAAAAUACAGUAACUGCUGUUCAAAACACUGUGUGUGCUUAAUAAUAAAGAAAAAACACAAUUAGAUAAAUAAA